AUGCUCCUGUUCUGCUCCUCCAGCUCGGCAACCUUUGCCCGGAGCGUCUCGAGCUCCUUCUCCUUUUCAGCCAAUGCCGUGGAGCUAAGACCCCCGGAACUUGGUCUCGCCCGCAGGUUAGCAGCGCCGGAAACAAGCUUUCCGGCGAUUGUACCGGCAGUGGCCGACUUCCUUACCGAAGGUGGUCUUGCACCGGCCGAGCUCUCGGGUCUGCCAUUUGCACUGGGCGGCCUGGGGCUGGUCGCGGCCUCGCGGAGACUGCUGACUGAGCUGCGGCCAGUGAUACUGGGGGUGCUGAGUGAUCCGCGGGACCUGUGUCCGCUCAGCCCAGCAGGGAGGACAGCCGGCUUCCUAGUUCCGGAAAGGCUCGAGCCUCUCCGCUCAGGACUUGUCGGCCCGCCGCUGCUGGAGGUGCUUCUCCUCUCAGGUGUUGCGGGGGUCGUGGGAGUCCUUCUCACGGUUGGGGUUGUCUUUGUUCCUGUAGCUGGUGCCGGUGCUCCGCCGGCUGCCGAGGGGACCCUCUUGGACCCUGGCAGAGCCCCUACGGUGCUUGACGAGCUGGUGGGUCUGGUAGGCUUCCCGAGGCCGUUUGUGGUGGUGCCGGUUGCAGAGCGGCGUACGGUGCCUGUGGCGGCGAGGCUUGCUGCGGCCGUGGUUGCGGGGGAUGGGCGUUUGGCGGCGCCGAGGAGACCGGGCUUUUUGGGGGCGAGGGUCUCUUCGCGGUGGGUUUCUUUCACGGGGUCGUUGGCGGUGCCCGGGGGAGAGGGGUCAGCCAUGGUGGGUUAG